CUCAAAGGUGAACAUUGCAAAUUAAGCUUAAUUUCCCCCCCCUCACUCGUGACUUCGUUAGACAAAUCGUAUCGCUCCAGCCUCAUUAUUCAUGAUUUUGAAUUUUUGAUUUUUGAUUUUCAACUACACUCUCUUUUACCCGGCUGCUUCUAGAACCGAAUUUACCCCGCUGGCCGACUCGUCACCGAUAACAUCCCGACUCUCCAAGUCCAACGUUUCCGAUGGGCUACACUACACCAGUGUCUCAGCCUCUCGCCCAGGUUUAGGCCAAGAAUAUGGCCAAGGCUCUAGGCUCUAUCCAAGGCUCUAGGCUCUAUCCAAGGCUCUGGCUCUGCCGCAGUGCCCCUUGCACGGCGGAUCUUAUCGAUUAACAACUUAGUAUCGCCAAGCGCCCACGUGGAGAUCUUGUUGAUUACCGUCACACUGCACAGCCGGAGCACCUCGAUCUAGGGAAGCCGAAAUUAAGGGUCCCAUGAGAAAUGAAGCAUCUAUUCUGCAAAAUGUACAUGUAUCGUGGAACCAAACCGAGUCGCAGCAACCAUCAGGUGACAAGAGCAUUGCGCCCAGCAUAAGUCACGGCGUGAGCGAGCGAUCCCGAACCUCCCGCCAGCAUGUCCGACGACGUCACGGCUUUGAAUAUCAAACGGCCUUAGUCAGCGCUGGCCACACCUCACCAGGAACAAGCCGGAACAGAAGCAGAAACAGGCAAUUGACAAUGCCACUACGCCUCUGCUCAGAAUCCCGCCCGCAAAGUCAAUUUCGCCCUCGAAUGCCGCAUCUGUCCUGCCGCCGACGUGCUCAGCCUCGCAUCCCUUCCCGCAUCAACUUCCCGCAUCGGCAAAGGCCCGGCAAGAUACGCAUCGACAAAUACGCCGCCCCGGCCCCAUCCCACCGGAAGCAGCCAAGACGAUCUAAAGGAUCGCUUCAACGUUUAGCUUGCCACGCUUGCUUCCUAAGCCUCCAACCGACAGUUGCCAAGUAGCAGAAGAUCAGAGGCCAUCCUCUCCUUGCUCAUCAUAUUUCCCCAAGCGCUGUUGCUG